AUGCCUCCACGAUUGAACUUUCACAGCGCAAGCAGGUCACUGACCUUUCGACCACGAACAGUUGUCGCACCUCGAAAUCCUGCUUUCUUCAAAAUUACCCCGGCAGUACGUCGAGGUUUCGCAGAGGGAAAGCAACCUCCAAGAAAUGGAUCUGAUGAAGAUGUAGCCGGCCACGUCAGUGAAGAGGCAAGAGACAUGGCUGAAAUUACUGGAGAGACUCCUCCUGAUAUGGGAAAGAGUACAAAUGUUCAAGAGAUUCUUAAGAGAGACCAAGAAGGAAAGGAUAAGGCCCCAGAAGUUAUCAAAGAAGAUAUCAAAGAUACCCAAUCCGCGUCUGCCCUCUCCCAAGAAAUCUCCUUUGCCAAUCUCAUGGCUCUUGGUCGUCUUGGUCAUUUGGAAAAUGGCGCGAAUGCCUCCGAUCUUACAAUCGAUGGUCACAAGUUUGGACUUCCAGAACUACCAAUUCCUUCGAACAACAACCUCAAAUAUAGAUACGAUCCCGUCGUUUCGCAGGUUACGAACAUGAUGAUGCAGCACGGCAAGAAGAGUGUUGCCCAGAGGAACAUGUCUUUCAUAUUAAACCAUCUCCGAACCGCCUCCCCACCCACACCCAACCCCGCCAAACCCCUCCUUCCGGGCACACCCCCACCAUCCCACCUACCUCUCAAUCCCGUUCUCUAUCUUACUACCGCUAUCGACUCCAUCGCUCCUCUCUUACGUAUCCGUUCUCAGAAAGGUGCUGCAGGUGGUGGAGCUUCUCUUCAAAUUCCUGUACCCUUGGGUGUUCGACAGCGGAGAAGACAAGCUAUCAAAUGGAUAUUAGAUUCGGCCAGCAAGAAACAAUCGAGGAGUAGUGGGCGUGGAAUGUUUGCACAAAGGUUUGCAGAGGAGAUUAUCAGUGUGGUGGAAGGCAAGAGUUCCGUUUGGGAAAAGAGGAAUUUGGUACACAAGACUGGUACGAGCGCGAGAGCAAAUUUGACCUUUUAUUCCCGAAAAAGGAGGUGA